GCCAAAACUUUUAUUAACCGCAGCACCGUCUUUUACCAACAUCACACACCAGUAGCAGACAUCCGUAACCGUUUCGUUUUCUUCUUCCACGUUGCACGUACUGAUGUUGUAUUGUCAUGCUAUAUGACAGUUUGAAAGCUUUGACACUUAUCGCCCUGUAACUACAAAGCUUACUAUAUCAGUUCUUACGGUCGAUAUCGGGAAAGGCAUAAUUACACCACUAUGUGGAUUAAAAUAGCUUUUAGCUGCAUCAGCUAUCAUGAGUUGAGCUAUGGAUUCUUGGAAACGUCCCUAAGUGAUACGUUUUUUGUUACUUUUGAUACUGACAUCGCAGUUUUAUUUAUUUCUUAUGUAAGAGGUUUUAGUAAUCAAUCAAAGCUAAUACAAUGUGGGAAAGAUUAAUCCAUGAACAUUUUGAUUAACUAUAAAAGGUCUUCAAGUUUCAACUAAUAACUUAGUUGAUUGAAACAUCACGUCAUAGUGGAAGACGAUUUGUAAACUUAAGCAGAAUGAAUUAUUUUACCAGCAUCAUUUUCUCGGGAUUAGCAGCCUUAUGUCUGGCUGAUUAUACAGAAAAACAACUACAGACAAUAAAUUUCAUCGUUGGAAAAUGUGCUCAAGAACAGGACAUAGAGUUGAACAGUGAUUUUACGAAACAAUGGAUGUACACUGGACUCCUUUUCCCAGAUGAGGAGAUAUCGAAGAAAUUUGCCGUUUGUACUCUUCGCGCUCUAGACGGGAUUGAUGCUGAUGGUACGAUUCAAUCUCAACUUUUGAUUGACCUUCUGGCCGAUGGUCAUGACGUUCAGAUAAUAACAGAUCACAUUAAUGAAUGUAAUACGGGUGAGGGAGAUACCAUCGAAGAUAGAGGAUACAACUUCUACAAGUGUUUCUGGGGUGAAAAGUCAUUCAUUCCGUAUCUGUCCGGUAUUGAGCCUUGAAAAUAAGAAACCGUCUCUUAUACUAAUUGAUAAUGUAUUUUCUCUUGCCACUGCAACUGCUUCAAUCAAUUUGAUUGAAAAAUUUAAAAAAAAACGGGGAAUUAUCGGGUCUAAAAUACCACAUUGGAUUGUUUAGAAAUAAAUAAAUCAUUUUUUGACACGUUGAAGUGCUUAGGUUUCAUAUUUUUAAAACUGUAGAAAACCACAAUAUUUGAGCUUUUCUGAAAAAAAUUAACAAUUAAUCAUGCGUCUCCAUUAAAGUUCUAUUAUAAUCAAACGCAUACGACUCAUUGUCAAAACUAUCUGUGAUAAGAUCUGUAAGGUUUCGUAAAGAUUCAGUGCAAACUGAACAAUUAUUUAAGAAAAUAUUUUAGGGAUGAAUAAUGUUAUGAACAUGUAUUCUGAUCAGCAGCAUUCCAUUCGUUAGAGUUACUCGCUUGUAAGAAAUAACUUUGUACAAGACGCAUUAAUCUGUUUGAAGAGUGUUACAGGCAGUUUUCAAGGAAAAACAAGAAACCUAGAAAAAUUGGAGCAAAACGAGCAUGAUAGGGGAUUCUGCAACUACUCGAACUACUUCACAUAUGCUAGAGAUGGCGCGAGUGAAGGUACUGCAAAAUAUAAUCAAAACAUAAUCACAAUGGUAAAGAAAGCUGCCAAAAACGUCUUUUCAUAGAUUUUGGAAAAUAAUUCAUCAUAUCGCACGGGUUUUGGGGGAUUCUAAGGAGUUUUGUUGUCUCGUUCCUAUGUAUACAUAUCCUAAUAUUUUACUGCUAACCUUUUUGCGACUGAUUGUUUUAUCAAAUUCUAAGAGCAUAAGUAGUUGUGGACAAAUUCGAUCAGGGAAAAAAAACAAGCAAAAUUUGAAGAAGCAACCUGGGUAAACUUGCCUGUAUUUAAAAAACAUGGAACAAAAGGUAAUUGAAAAAGCUUAAGCAUCACAAUCUUUUAUUUUUAUACAAUUUAGUGUAGUUUCAAAAUAGAAAUUGAUUGAAAUAGUUUAUCCCUAUCCACCUUCCAUAAAAGUAAUACUACAAGUUACCCAAGUAGCAAACAUUGUUCUAGUACUGAAUUUAUUAGCUCUUCUCGCAACGAUUAUGCGAUUGGAAAAGCGCACUUUUCUUGUAUGAUGUGCAACAAGUUUCUUGUUUCAUAUGUUUCACAACAGUAAU